AUGCCCAUGCCUUCCAGAGACCGGAGCCUGCAUCCCAGACACCACCACUAUGGUUCCCACAGCCCCUGGAGUCAGCUCCUGUACAGCCCCAUGGAGACGCCGUCUGUCAAGGGCCUUUACUACCGGAGGGUGCGGAAGGUGGGUGCCCUGGACGCUUCCCCGGUGGACCUGGAGAAGGAGAUCCUGAUCAACGUGGGAGGCAGGAGGUAUCUCCUCCCCUGGAGCACACUGGACCAGUUCCCGCUGAGCCGCCUGAGCAAACUCAGGCUCUGUCGGAGCUACCAGGAGAUCGCGCAGCUCUGCGAUGAUUACGACGAGGACAGCCAGGAGUUCUUCUUCGACAGGAGCCCCAGCGCCUUCGGGGUGAUCGUGAGCUUCCUGGCGGCCGGGAAGCUGGUGCUCCUGCAGGAGAUGUGUGCGCUGUCCUUCCAGGAGGAGCUGGCCUACUGGGGCAUCGAGGAGGCCCACCUGGAAAGGUGCUGCCUGCGGAAGCUGCUGAGGAAGCUGGAGGAGCUGGAGGAGCUGGCCAAGCUGCACAGGGAGGACGUACUGAGGCAGCAGAGGGAGACCCGCCGCCCCGCCUCGCACUCCUCGCGCUGGGGUCUCUGCAUGAACCGGCUGCGCGAGAUGGUGGAAAACCCGCAGUCCGGGCUGCCCGGGAAGGUCUUCGCUUGCCUCUCCAUCCUCUUCGUGGCCACCACGGCCGUCAGCCUGUGUGUCAGCACCAUGCCCGACCUCAGGGCGGAGGAGGACCAGGGCGAAUGCUCUCGGAAGUGCUACUAUAUUUUCAUCGUGGAGACCGUCUGCGUGGCCUGGUUCUCCCUGGAGUUCUGCCUGCGGUUUGUCCAGGCCCAAGACAAGUGUCAGUUCUUCCAGGGGCCCCUGAACAUCAUCGACAUCCUGGCCAUCUCCCCGUACUACGUGUCCCUGGCGGUGUCUGAGGGGCCCCCGGAGGAUGGCGAGAGGCCAAGCGGGAGCUCCUACCUGGAGAAGGUGGGGCUGGUCCUGCGUGUACUGCGGGCGCUGCGCAUCCUGUAUGUGAUGCGCCUGGCUCGCCACUCGCUGGGGCUGCAGACGCUGGGGCUCACCGUGCGCCGCUGCACACGUGAGUUCGGCCUGCUCCUUCUCUUCCUGGCCGUGGCCGUCACCCUCUUCUCCCCUUUGGUCUACGUGGCCGAGAAGGAGUCUGGGCGGGUGCUGGAGUUCACCAGCAUCCCCGCCUCCUAUUGGUGGGCCAUCAUCUCCAUGACAACGGUGGGCUAUGGGGACAUGGUGCCCCGCAGUGUGCCAGGCCAGAUGGUGGCCCUCAGCAGCAUCCUGAGCGGGAUCCUCAUCAUGGCCUUCCCAGCCACGUCUAUCUUCCACACCUUCUCCCACUCCUACCUGGAGCUCAAGAAGGAGCAGGAGCAGCUUCAGGCCCGCCUCCGCCACCUCCAGAACACUGGUCCGGCCAGUGAAUGUGAACUCCUGGACCCCCAUGUGGCCAGUGAACAUGAGCUCAUGAACGAUGUCAACGAACUAAUCCUGGAGGGCCCGGCCUUGCCUAUCAUGCACAUGUAACUCAGCACCCUCCACGACUAUAUGGUAACCUCAACCCAUCACCCUGCCUGAAAAACACUCAAGGGUACCCCACAUAGACCACCUAGUGGUGUU